AUGAGCGACGAGCCUGAGAACGGAGUCUCGAUGAUCAUGUCUGCAUUUUUCACGGAGGGCAUGACAUGGUGGCGGUUCAACUCACAAGGAGUAUCCAUGGUCAAGAAGAUGCUUCAAGUUGACCGAAACCCCUUUAUUGAGUCUCAGGGAUCUCGAAAACAACAUGAACCUGACCCUGUCCAUUUCUCCACCACUUAUAACGGCCUUACUCCGAUUGAGAGAUUCGCCGGCAACCCCUACACCAUGAUCAAAGUCCAGGCAGAUAAACCAACUGUCAUCGCGGCCCUCGCUGUUGCCCUUCCCAGCGCUUUGGCCUGCGUGGCGGGAGGCAAUAUCCCCGCAGCCACCGAAACCAUCAACAACGACGCCCCCAUUGAGAUCCUCAACUUUUACGCCGAGGAUUACGGCAAGGUGUACCGCUCCGGUGGCACGUGCGAGAUGUGUAGGCGCGAUGUCUACGUCGAGGGUGUCUCGGCUUACGGUGGCGGCGAGGUCGUCGGUAUUAACAUUCAGACCGGUGACACUGCUAAGCUCGUCAAUGUCUGCACCGAUGCCAAUACUCCUUGUCAGCUGGGUCCUGUUAACGGACGACGUUCACGGUGCGGUGCGGGGACCACGGCGAAGUGGGGCCGGGCCGGAGCGGGGCGGGAGUCUGUGCAGAACAACCCGGAUCGGGAAGUUGGCUAG